AUGCAGGAACUAGGCAAUGACCUCAAAGUGGAUAACGGCUUUGCUUCUGGUUGUGUCCCCCAAACUGUUGACGAUAGUGAUGAUGAUGACAUUCUAGGAAACUGGGAUGAUGAGGAUGCUGGUGGGAGAAGCACCAGGGUUGCUAACUCUGUUGAUGAUUCUGGAGACGAGUAUGUAGACUAA